AUCUGUGGAGCUCGUUCCAUGCACUCGGCACAGAGAUGAUCAUCACGAAAUCAGGCCGGCGUAUGUUCCCAGCACUGAAAGUCAAAUUCUGCGGCUUGGAUCCAGAUAAGCUCUACUAUGUGCGGCUGGAAUUUCUCCAGCCAGAUUCCCGCAAAUAUAGAUAUAUCUACCACAGUUCUCGGUGGAUGGUGUCGGGUUCAGGGGACACAAUCAGCUCUCAGCAGUGCCACAAGGCGGUAGAAGAACCGAUCAGCGGGCAGAUAGUUUGUUCCCAGAUUGUUUCCUUUGAGAGGCUGAAACUGACAAACACGGAGCCCGCCAAACCGGGGCAGGUGUCUCUUGUGUCCAUGCAGAAGUUUCAGCCGCAGUUUGUUGUCGAGGAAGUGCGUGAGGCAGACAUCAGCAGCUCUUCAGAAGCAGAAAAAUACGUUGUCAUGUUCCCACAGACAUCCUUUAUGGCUGUCACAGCUUAUCAGAACCAUCGGAUUACAACGCUAAAGAUCGCAAGCAAUCCAUUUGCGAAGGGAUUUCGGGAAUCGGGCAAAGACAG